AUGGCAACUGCCACGGACACAAUCGCCCUCUACGAUUCCCUCCCCUGUAACCCCCCCCCCCUCCCAACCUCCUAGUCCGCAGCCAAAAAAAACUGACAAACCCCAGACAUCGACACCCCCCCCACGGACUCCGAGCUAGAAUCCAUCCACAAACAAAUAACCUCCGAACUCUCUGCAGACCAUAAGACAACCCCGCACCCACGCCUCCCACCGCUCGUGGAACCCAAUUUCCGCCCAGCGACGCAAGCCGAACUCGACAGGAUCGCGGCCGGCAAGCCGUGGGUUGGCGGGAUUGAUGUGAGCCGGUACGAGCUGGCGGCGGAGGCCUCGCGCUCCGCUCUCGUGGCCGCGUAUGCCUCCGCUGCACACGUUGAGGCGCGUCUGGCGAACCUAACGCUACUGAACGAGUUCGGGAAGAAUUCGUGGCUCGUGCACAAUUCGCAGCUGGAGGCGCUGCUAAAGGGGCUGGAGGAGAAGUUGAUGGAGCUGAAGACCGAGUGCGAGGUUGUCAACAAGGAGCGUAAAGGCGUGCAGGUGGACGCGCAACCCGAGCUGGCCGCGCUGGAGGAGAGGUGGAAGGGGGGGAUUGGGAAGGUGUUGGAAGUCGAGGCUGGAGCUGAGGCGGUCCGACAGGAGAUACUCAAGAGGAGGAGGGAGAAGGCUGAGGUUACGGAUAGCUGA